CGUCACAUAAAACGGUGUUUUUGGCUGAAAUUUCAAGAACAUAAAGAAAAUAAUAGGGAGUAAAUUCAAAGGCAAUGGGUACUUCCAUGUGUAAGAAUAAGGACCGUCUUCAUAAGAAUCCUAAUCAAUCUGGACCCUCAGAUCCAAAUAAUGGAAUCCUGUUGGCAAUUAAUUGCAGGAAAGUACCAUCUCCUGAGGCGUCCAACCAAACCACCCAAAAUACGGAAAAAGAGAAGAUUUCCAUCGCCAGACUUUACGAAAAAAGAUACACACCGGCAUUUAGUGGAAUGACUACUGCAUACAGUGAUUUGCUAAAGAAGAAACCAUCUCCAAGAGCGCCGGCUAAAAUUGAUGUUGGCUUCGUCUUCAAAGUAAGAGAAAGUGCAAUAAACAUAAAUCCUUUCGUUGAGGUUGAAAGUUCAUCGCGUCUAAAGGAGCGCACAAUUAGUGUCAUGGAUAAUGAUCCUGAUUUGCUGAAUGUCUUCCGGGUUUUCCGAAGAGGAAAGCGCACUGGAAAAGGUUGAGCUUUGGGGAUUCAAGGUUAAAGUUAUUGAAGGCAGUUUUGGAUGCCUUAUUUCUACCGAAUUUUACUAAUAUUUGUUGGUCUUGGAAGAUAUUAAAAUAUAUAAUUCAUG